AUGUACGUGGACGAUUUGUUGACCGGUUCUAACGAUUUAAUAGAAUUACAAAAAUUAUGCAAAGACAUAUAUGAUGUCUUAUCAUCCGCUAAUUUCAUUUUAAGAAAGUGGAUUUCUAAUAAUUUUCAAGUAGUUUGUGGCUUCAAAGAUAACAAUAUCUCAAAUGCAAUUUUAGAUAUAGGUGAUAAAGAAAGUUGUAAAACUUUGGGAAUCCAAUGGGACAAUAAAAAUGACAUUCUAAAAUAUACAAUUAAACAAUUUACCCAUCGAAACACAAUUACUAAACGUCACAUUCUUUCAAUUAUUGCUCAAAUUUACGAUCCUUUAGGGUUAUUAAGCCCUUCAAUAGUUAUUGCAAAAUUAAUAAUACAGAAAUUAUGGUCCCUACACAUUAGAUGGGAUGAGCCUAUUCCACAAGAUAUAGAACAAACUUGGUAUCGAUUUCAGAAUGAACUUGGCAGUUUAAAUCAAUUAUCUAUUCCUAGAAAUGCUAUUUAUUCAAAUUAUGUACUUACAGAUGUCCAUUGCUUCUGCGAUGCAUCGAGAGAUGCAUAUUCAUGUUGCAUAUACUUACGUAGUGUUGACGAUAGCGGAAAUUAUAACGUUCAAUUACUAUGUGCCAAAACCAAAGUGUCGCCGCUGAAGACAAUAACAAUUCCAAAACUUAAAUUGUGUGCUUGUCUUCUAGGAGCACAACUAGUAAAUACUGUGGUCAAUGCCUUCAAUUUAAAAAAUAUUCAUUAUUGUUUGUGGUCCGAUUCUCAAGUCGCCCUAUGUUGGAUUAACACGGAACCCAAUUUAUUACAGACCUUUGUUGCUAAUCGCGUAUCUAAAAUACAAUCUCUCACGAACAUUGAAAAUUGGAGGUAUGUUAGUACUAAGGAAACCCUGCAGAUUUAG